AUGUCUGAUCUAUUGAACAAAAACCUACCAACUGGAAACUUCAAGUUCCAAUACAUCGCCAUCGAUGACAAGAACUCUGACUCUGAGUCCUGUAAGAUGCCUCAAACCGUUGAAUGGUCCAAGUUCAUCGCCGAGAACAAGACUGUUGUCUUGACCGGUGCCCCAGCUGCUUUCUCUCCUACCUGUUCUGUCAACCACAUCCCAGAGUACAUCAGCUACUUGAACGAAUUGGUCAAGGACAAGAACGUGGACCAAGUUGUUGUCAUCACUGUUGACAACCCAUUUGCCAACCAAGCCUGGGCCAAGAGCCUAGGUGUCAAGAACACUGACCACAUCAAGUUUGCCAGUGACGCCGGUGGCCAUUUCGUCAAGUCCUUGGGUCUAGAUUUGCCAAUCGGCGAUGACGUCUACUGGAGUACCAGAUGGGCUGCAGUCGUCAAGAACGGUUCCGUCACUUACGUCGGUAAGGAAAAGAACCCAGCAACCGAAGUCACCGUCUCUUCUGUUGAAAGUGUCUUGGCUCACUUAUAA